AUGACUUACAACUGCCAUUUGUUUAUUGCAUAUUUUUCGCAGUGUCACGCUGGCAGCAACUACCGAAGAAGGAAACGUGACGUUCAGAGCGACAGCAGCGCCACCGCCGCACUGGAGAAGCUCUCAGUGACGGGCGAGAUCCGCGUGCGACCCCAAGCGGAGAAAAAUAAACUAGCAGAGCCAUCUAAAGCACUGCUAGGCGACGCUAGGGCGACCGACGUCUGCGUGUCGGUGACGGCGUUCUCACUCGCGAUGACGUUAUUUGUCUGCGUGGCAGCACUGUCGUUCAUCAUGGCCGCCUGGUCGUGCAUUCGACGCGGCCGUCGCGAAAAUAAACAGGAAGAAGACGACCGAAAACAAUGACGGACCGCGUUCUAAUUGCGACUAAGGAGAUAAAGAUUUCCAACAGUUUAUUGAUGAUUGAUUAUGCUUGAGAGAGAUUAAAAUAUUAUCAUGAAAAUAGAAAAGAGUUCUCCGAAUAGAUA